AUGGCCAAGGAAGCUUCUCUGUGCCUCUUGUUUCUCUCCUUUCUCAUUAUCUCCUGUUCUGGAUCUCUUGUGGGUAUUUCCUUCCGCGAGAGGGGAGACCCUUCGAAAUUUGCUACAACCAUAUCAUUCCUCCAGCAAAAAAACGUUUCCUCGUCUCAGAUUCGACUUUUUGUUACAGAUCAUAGGAUUUUGAGCACUCUCAGCAACUCCAUCGUGCCAACUGAUUUGUACUUGAACAAAAGUCAAGUUCAGAGUUUCAUUACUUCAAAGCCCUCUGACCUAAAAGCUCGUCUACUUAACCUUCUCCCUCACUCAAACAUCAAAAGCAUCAUUGCUAGCUGCGGCAGUGAGUGCUUAGCACAAAAUGAGAUGCCUUUGUUCUUGCAUGCUCUGAAAUCAGUUGGUUCAGUGCUCAGGGAGCUUCACAUAGCGAGGGAGGUAAAAAUCUCAGUAGCAUUUUCACUUUCAUUCUUAGAAAAGUUGAAAGCACCGCAUGAAAACAGUAUUCGUAAGAUUCUUUCAUUUAUAAGGGAAAUGAAAUCCUUUGUCAUGGUAGAAGACAGCAUUGAUGGAGAAUUAAGCAUGGAGAGUCACUCUGUUCAUGCUAUAAUCAAACGAGCCACUCUUGCUGCUUCGAUUCUUCCUUGCAAAGAUGUUCCUAUUGUUUUAACAAUCAAGAGCGCAGUUGUCCCCACUUCAAUGGAGUUAGCUCAAUUUAGUGAGAGGGUAUCCAAAUAUCUAGAAGCAAAGACUCAUAUUACAAAAAGAAUAGCUGCAUUAUAUGCAGAGGUGCAUUCAACAGAAGAUUUUGGAAGUAAAGGAUUUAAAAGGGAAGAGGAAAAACUGUUUCCUGUGUCCCGCAGAGAGAUGCUUAGUAAAUCCCAUAAAAGGAGAAGUCUAGAUGAUACAACAAGCCCAACAAACACAGUUUUCCCAACAAAUCCAGCAUCAUCCAUACCAAUCAUCACGCCCCCAGAUACACCAACCAUCAUCACAGUUCCUGCCACAAAUCCUGUCACAAUUUCCCCUUCCAAUCCUGCUGGAAUGCCUGUGACAGUUCCUUCUACCACGCCUGUACCUUUUCCGCCCACAAAUCCAGCCAAUACACCAGUACCAGUGAGCAAUCCAGCUACAACAACACCUGUAGGGAUACCACCCCCAAUAAACAACCCUGUGACAUCUUAUCCACCUCCAUCAGGAAAUGUUCCUGUCACAAAUCCCCAACCUCAACCACCUCCUGCAAACACUAAUGCUCCUGCCAUUCAGGGGCAGAGUUGGUGUGUGGCAAAGCAAGUAGCUCCUGAAGCUUCUCUUCAAGCUGCACUAGAUUAUGCUUGUGGAAUGGGUGGGUCAGAUUGUUCUCAAAUUCAGCAGGGUGGGAAUUGUUACAGUCCAGUUACUUUGCAGAACCAUGCUUCUUUUGCCUUCAACAGCUACUACCAAAAGAAUCCAGCUCCAACAAGCUGCGACUUUGGAGGGACUGCCACCUUAGUUAACACAAAUCCAAGCUCGGGUUCAUGCAUUUUCUCCUCCUCAUCAUCAACAACAACGCCAAAGUCAUCAUCCCCAACACCACCUACACAAUCAAGUCCAACACUACCACCACCAAGUCCAGUAACACCUGUAUCAUUAAUUCCAACAGCACCACCAACAACACCAGUAACUGGUCCUUUUGGAUAUGGUACACCACCUUCAGUGUUAAAUUCAAGCAACCCCGCGUCAGGUACAAUGCCAGAUUUUGGGUCUGAAAGUCCUCCUGUUGUAAAUACAACGUCAACCUCUCAUUCUCGGAGUUUGAGACCUUCUGUUGCCUGCAUUGUUCUGAUGGUAUCAUUUGUCACUACGAGACUCAGUAUGCACCCAUAG